UUAACCUCAAAUUCCAUAAAAAACCUUAUAACCUUUGGCAAAGGCAGCCAAAAUAAACCCAAAUACACGAUGAUUAUAGUUAAUAGGUAGUGGUGAGACCCGAAAUGAUCCGGGGGAAAUUAAGUCUAAAUUUGCUGUUGUGCACCCCAUUUAGGGGGUUUUGUACCAAAUCAAGUAAUGAAACGAAAACUUCAACGGGGAAAAAAGCCUUGCCGGAACCACCAACGAAUUGUUGCAUGAGCGGUUGUGCGAAUUGCGUUUGGUUGGAUUACGCGGAUGCUUUGACUGAGUAUUUCAAAGAUGGGGGUAAAAACGCUGUUAUUGAGAUCGAAAAAACCAUUGAUGACCCGAUGAUGAAGGCUUUUUUGAUGCACGAACUAAGAAUGAGGAAGAAAUGAAACUAAACAAAGUGAAAUAAAGAAUUUAUUUUUUGUAGCUUAUUUUAAAUAAAAUUAUAAAUAAGGUGCUGA